AUGCUCAGAAGUGCUACGAGCAAUGGUGGACAGCUACAUUGUGGAGGCAUGGUUUCUAUUAUUGCAGAGCAUCUUGGCCUCCAUCUACCUAAUAACCCAACAAACAUCAUCAUGGGCCGUACUCGUCUAUCAAUUGAUGUUAUGGAAACAAUGCAUCUCUUCCACCGCCUUCCCACUGGGGAUAUUCAUUGGACAGUAGAUGGGAAAGAGUAUCUACGUAUAGACAGCAGAAAUAAGAAGAUACUCAAUUUAGCUAAUGAUAUUCCAUCAACUAAUUGGAAACUCAGAUCCAACUUAGGUGUUACAAUAGAUCAUAGUCCUCCAUCCUCUCCUCCUCCUGCUCCUCCUGCUCCUACUGCUGGUGCUUCUAGUUCCUCUCGCCCUAUUCCUUUUUCUGAACAUAAUCUUUAUAUGGGCGAGUUUGCGCGUUUGAAUCAUCGUUACACCAGUCUACAACAGGAAAUCGGGGACAUUUAUACGGGUGUCGCUGAAAUCACUUCUGAUUUUCAGGACUACCGUAACUUACAGGAAGAGCAUUGGGCCCAACAAGAGUUGUGGUGGGCUGAGCAAGAUCAAAGAUGGGCUACUCAAGAGCAGCACAACCGCAACAUUCACCAUCUGCUGAGUGAUAUCCAUAGAGUUCUUGUGCUCCCCACACAGUCGCAGCAGCCAUCAACAUCCCAACCCCAAUGGCCUCCCUACUAUCCUACAGAUUACCCUUCACAGUUCCCUCCAUAUCCUCCGCCUGGUCCUCAAUAG